CAAUGCCUAUAUUUACGUUUUCUCCUAGAUUUCCAAUCGUUCGUCAAAUUCCUUAUUAGACACUGCCACAAUAUAUUUGUAGCACCUUGGAGGGUAUUUAGGGCUGCAAAUAUUGUAACUGUGACGCUUGAGCAUCGAUUUUAGACUGCUCCAAAUGUGACGACUGGGGGAGUGACAGCAAUACCCAGUACGGAACUGGUUCCAACUGGUUUUGAGUUGUUCAACAAAGGUAAAUAAGAAGUUGGCCUUUGCCGUGUGUAGAGAUUAUAGAUAUACCACUCGGGACAGAGCCUUUAACUACAUGUUGCGCUUUACAGCUGUCACCGAGAACACAAGAUUGCGGGGUUCUUUUAAAUAGAGGGAUAUAGAAACAGGUUUUGGAUAGUGUAGCUAUUAAAGUGAGUGGAAGUGUGAGCAUACCAAAGGCAGCCACCGUUCUAGGUGCUGCUCCCAAAAUAGGUGCCAUCAUUUCGGAUUUACCUCAGGUUAAAUGGCGCUCACCCAGACCAUGCCUUGCUGGAUCGAGGACGACCAGGACUUUAAACCCGAAAAUUGGCGGUGGGACGUCAACAACAAAUCCCCGGAGGUGCAGCUAUCGUCGUGCCAAUUAGCGGCGUAUUUUCACGUCGAUCCGGUGGAUUCGAGCAUCGGGACGGCAGGCGUGCGGGGGACCAAGGGGUUUACGACGGGCGAACACUACUGGGAGGUGAUCUUCUUGGAGCCCCCCCACGGGACGUCGGUGAUGGUGGGGGUGGGGACGAAGAAGGCUCUACUGCACCUGGGCAACUAUCAGUACAUCAACCUGUUAGGUCGCGAUGAAGAAAGCUGGGGACUGUCGUACAAAGGAACCACCUGGCACAACGGCAAAUACCAGCAGUACACGGAGCCCUUCUACGACCAGACCACCGUGAUCGGCGUACACCUCAACUUAUACAACGGGACUCUAACGUACUACAGAAACGGGAAGUCGCUCGGCGUGGCCUUCCGAUCAAUCAACAGAGGGGAAGAGCUGUACCCGAUCAUCUGUUCCACCGCGGCGGAGACGGAAAUGGAGCUCGGUAUGCGAAGUUGCAGAUUCAACUCUCUCCAAGAGAAGUGCUGUUUCACUAUCAUGCAGGCCAUGAAGGGAAAACAGGCAGUGGACAAGUUACCUCUACCAACAGUCAUCAAGAGCAGGCUGAAGGAGCAGUACUAAAAAUGUAAACUCCUCCAGAUGAAGUGAACUGAAAGAGCAGUACUAAAAAUGUAAACCCCUCCAGAUGAAGUGAAACGUCACCAAAAUUCUGAUUUUCUUAUGAUUGUAGCAUCUCAUAUUUUUCAAAAGAAAAUGCCAGAAGCAGCUGAUGAGUUAUACUUGCAGGCAUUUGGAUUUGAAAUAUUAUACAUGUAUACCUCAGCAAAAGGUACAAGUAUUCAACGAUUUUGAGUUAGUUACUUGUCCGUCCUGGCUAGGAAAAAUUAUUGUGAAUUGUUGCAGUUGGGGAAUGGGCAGUUUAUGCAAGUGAAAUGGCAAAGAGAUUGCAGCUACAAUUAUAUCUUGAUCUUAAGCCUGAUACCCAGCUCAACAAGAGAUUUCAGGUUAAAACUAGCCUGGAAAAGCCUUUAUGGUUUGGAUGACAACUUUGAAUAACGCCAGUGCAAUUACACAAUGAACUCACAGUUUUCCCACUGUGGUCAAGGUGUUUUGAAAAAUAUAUGAUAUUCUAAAAAAAUUCUCUUGUCUGAAGCUGCCUAC